AGUGGCAGACGGAGGCGGCCCCUGGGAGAGAGCCCGAGCGACGCCCGCGCGGCGGCAGCUGCAGCGCUGACACCACCUAGGGCAGGGGGUCCCAGGCGGCUGGAGCGUUCUGUUUUGAACCCAAAGUGGAUGAUACUGUCAGGGCUGAACCACUGAUCAGAGUCUGAAAAGUUCCCAUCUUCGCGUUGGCUGCCAGUUGAGAUAAGAUGGAAGAAUCCUACAAGGAUAGGACUUCACUGAUGAAGGGUGCCAAGGACAUUGCCCGAGAGGUGAAGAAACAAACAGUAAAGAAGGUGAACCAGGCCGUGGACCGGGCCCAGGACGAAUACACUCAGAGGUCCUAUAGUCGGUUCCAAGAUGAAGAAGAGGACGAUGACUAUUCCCCACCUGGAGAGACCUAUAAUGGGGAGGCCAAUGAUGACGAAGGCUCCAGUGAAGCUACCGAGGGCCAUGACGAAGAUGAUGAAAUCUAUGAAGGGGAAUAUCAGGGCAUCCCCAGUACGAACCAAGGGAAGGACAGCAUUGUGUCCAUGGGGCAACCCAAGGGCGACAUGCACAAGGACCGACAGGAGCUGGAGUCAGAGAGGAAAGCUGAUGAGGAAGAACUAGCCCAGCAGUAUGAGCUCAUAAUCCAAGAGUGUGGUCAUGGCCGUUUCCAGUGGGCCCUUUUCUUUGUCCUGGGCAUGGCCCUUAUGGCGGACGGUGUGGAGGUGUUUGUGGUUGGCUUCGUGUUGCCCAGCGCCGAGACAGACCUGUGCAUUCCAAAUUCAGGAUCCGGAUGGCUAGGCAGCAUAGUGUACCUCGGGAUGAUGGCAGGGGCUUUCUUCUGGGGAGGACUGGCAGACAAAGUGGGAAGGAGGCAGUCCCUUUUGAUUUGCAUGUCUAUCAACGGAUUCUUUGCCUUCCUUUCUUCGUUCGUCCAAGGUUAUGGAUUUUUUCUCUUCUGUCGCUUACUUUCUGGAUUCGGGAUUGGAGGGGCCAUUCCCACGGUGUUCUCCUACUUUGCUGAAGUGCUGGCCCGAGAGAAGCGGGGUGAGCACCUGAGCUGGCUCUGCAUGUUCUGGAUGAUUGGUGGGAUCUACGCCUCUGCCAUGGCUUGGGCCAUCAUCCCGCAUUACGGAUGGAGCUUCAGCAUGGGGUCAGCCUACCAGUUUCAUAGUUGGAGGGUGUUCGUGAUAGUCUGCGCACUCCCCUGUGUCUCCUCAGUGGUGGCCCUCACAUUCAUGCCUGAAAGCCCACGGUUCUUGUUGGAGGUUGGAAAACAUGAUGAAGCUUGGAUGAUUCUGAAGCUAAUUCAUGACACAAACAUGAGAGCCCGGGGUCAGCCUGAGAAAGUCUUCUCGGUGAACAGAAUCAAAACCCCAAAGCAAAUAGAUGAGCUGAUUGAAAUUGAGAGUGACACCGGAACAUGGUACCGAAGGUGUUUUGUUCGGAUCCGCACAGAACUCUACGGAAUUUGGUUGACUUUUAUGAGAUGUUUCAACUAUCCAGUCAGGGAAAAUACAAUAAAGCUUACAAUUGUGUGGUUCACCCUGUCCUUUGGGUAUUAUGGAUUAUCUGUUUGGUUCCCUGAUGUCAUUAAACAUCUGCAGUCGAAUGUGUUGCCAGUUGAAAAGAUAGAGAGAGAAAAAUUUUCAAAUUUCACUGUUAACUUCACAAUGGCAAAUGAGUUGCAUACUGGAGCGGAAUACGACAAUGGCAGAUUUCUAGGGAUCAAGUUCAAAUCUGUAACUUUCAAAGAUUCGGUUUUUAAGAACUGCACGUUUGAGGAUGUGACUUCAGUCAAGACCUACUUCAAGAACUGCACAUUUAUUGACACCGUUUUUGAUAACACAGAUUUUGAGCCAUAUAAAUUCAUUGAUAGCGAAUUUCACAACUGCUCAUUUUCUCACAACAAAACGGGAUGCCAGAUUACCUUUGAUGAUGACUAUAGUGCCUACUGGAUUUACUUUGUCAACUUCCUGGGAACAUUGGCGGUGUUGCCAGGGAACAUUGUAUCUGCUCUGCUGAUGGACAGAAUUGGACGCUUAACGAUGCUGGGUGGCUCUAUGGUGCUUUCAGGGAUCAGCUGUUUCUUCCUCUGGUUAGGCAGCAGUGAAUCCAUGAUGGUAGGCGUGCUGUGUCUGUAUAAUGGAUUGACCAUCUCAGCCUGGAACUCUCUGGAUGUGGUCACUGUGGAACUGUACCCCACAGACCGGAGGGCCACGGGCUUUGGCUUCUUGAACGCACUGUGCAAAGCAGCGGCCGUCCUUGGAAACUUAAUAUUCGGCUCUCUGGUCAGCUUCACCAAGUCCAUCCCCAUCCUCCUGGCCUCCACUGUGCUCGUGUGUGGGGGACUGGUGGGGCUGCGCCUGCCUGACACACGAACCCAGGUCCUGAUGUAGUAGGAAAAAAGCCAUCCGUCCUGCGUUUCUUUCUCCUGCCCUGUGUCCACACUCCUGAGUGACUCAAGGCUUCAGGUUUUUCAGAUACCAAAAUGUGGUGAAAUAUCAGAGCACUCACCACCCUUGCCGUCACUAAAAUUUAUAUGCAUACCAUCCUGCCCUUCGUCUGUGGUUUUGCAGUUUUGUUCACGUGUUGCUAUCUUUCCUAAUUGGGAUGCUACCGGUGGAAGCCUUUUUUAAAUGUCCUCAUCAGCCAGGCCUCCCUGAGAUUCCAAUCGCUGAAGGGUGAGAAGCCUUCGCUGCCAUAAGAAAUAGAUCCUGCUUCUAACUUAACAUCCACAGGAAAUAUAAGUUGGCAUAUUACUGCAUUUGUGCUGAGGAGAGGGAUUCUUUUUUUUUUUUCUAACAGAGUGAUGUUUCCUGUUUACUUAGAAAAGGACACCCAGCAAUUCUUGCUGUUACAGCAGGGCCUUUCAAAGAAAACCAUGUGGCCCCAAACGGAGCUGGGUGGGGCUCUUCCAGGCAUGACAGUGAAGGUGACUCUGCUGACAAGAGAAAUAAAGACCAUGUAGUUAGCAGCAAAGAUCUCAGUGAACGACACAAGCAAGAUUUCAGCCCAGUUAAAGACCUGAAAAAUAUAAGGACAAGGAACCGCAGUACUGUCGGUGAUUAUGGUCCAGACGUGAGAAAAUCAGAGAUCAGAGAUAGAUCUUCCGCCUCGGUUUACCCCCAUCUCCUCCCUGGCCUCGCCCCAGCUGCCCUGUAUUUUGCCAGAUAGCAGAUUCAAAGAGGGAAGAACACUUUCUACAAAACUGGAUCUGCCUGCCCCAUUCUGUCAUUCAUUCAAACCGUCUCCAGUCUAGAGAUGGUCAGUCAGCUAUGUUGUUCUAAAUGACAAAGUAGGAAGAGAUUGACCCCUAGAGCCAUUUGGAAAUGCAAAAUGAUACCUUGAGGAGACCACUUUCUGAAGGACAGGGUCCACCCCCACCCCCGCCGCCCCCUCCGAGUUGACUGUGGGCUUUCUAGCAGGCAGCACGGAAGUCGGUCUUUUUCCUCAAGCGGCCAUUAGCCAGUGUGUUCUCAGCCACUGCUCUGUGCGGAGUCCCAGGCUGCUUAGUUCACGGGGCCCCCACCUCGCAGGCAUGGGCAGCACCUCCUGGUGGUCCGGGGCUGCUCGAUUUACCGCUGGAAUUUGCCCGCGCCUGGAGGACAGAGGGCAGCAGGACAUUCCCAUGGGCUCUGAGCUAUGUAACUUUCUCACCCCUCUGGCCGGCCCUCCUCCAAGCUCUUCCUUUUUACCCAUCUUCUUUGAAAUCCGAAGCCUCCUGGUAGACUCACAGUGGAGACCAGCAGCCAGGAAUAAAUCCCAUAUUAAAGCAAUAUUCUUUUCUUAAACUCCAUCUUGUAAAGGGUUAUCUUUGUUACUUAUUAUGGCAUUUCCAGCAGGCCACAGCCCCAGGCCCCUCCCAUCCCCCCGCAGAGGCGAGAGCCUUUGUUUCUAAUAGCCAUUACAUUCAAAGAUGGUCCUAACCCUGAAGGCUGUCUACCUCCCUCUCCCCUUCCUAAUCCUGCUCCUGGAGCUCCAGGCUGCAGAGUUCAGACUCUGUGAAAAGCUUCUUUCAUUAACAUAGCCAUUAAUCGACCACCCCUUGAAGUAAUUCAGGUCUGUAAGAGGGGCAGUCUGAUGUUGGAGGCUGGCAGGAAGAGGGUGGUUCCCUGGGGAGACCAGCUCAGGGCCCCGAACACCAGGAAAACUCAAACCCCAAAUGGCAAAGUUAGCAGGAAGAGGGGAAAUCAAUAAAGACUGGAAAAGUUCUCUAACUGAUACCAGCAAAGGAGGGAAAGAAACAGAACAGACUUUCACUUCUGCCUCUGUAAUAUUAUUGUAAAACAAAGAUUCAUUCAAUCAACCCAGGAAGGUCCCCUAUUUUUCUUCCAUAUGUAUUCAUUUCCCAUUGAUUUAUCUUCUUAAAAAGGACCAUUGUGGGACCUGAGCAAAGCUCUUUUACUUGAACACAGCAUGUUUAGUAACAACUGCCAAAGUAAGAUGUGUGUCUUCAUCAACCCAUUCAAAAGAGAGAAAUGUCAUAGAUGUCACUAUCGCUAGUCUUCCAUGAUAGUGAACUUUGCUUACUAGACUGUCUUUACUUUCAGAAAUGUCUCCAAGGUCUGUUGUAUGCCUAAAUGUGUAAAAUAUCUCCCAAGCUACAGAGCACAGCAGGUGUAGAGUUUUAUAUGAUGGCUGGUUGGGUCAGAAUGAGAUAAACUAGCAGAACCCCCACCUCGUGAGACCUGACACCACACAUCCCUUUCAGAAGGGCCUUUCUUGGCCUUCCCAUCACCUGGUCACCUGAUCCAAGCCUCCCAGGUGGCCCAAGAGGGAUCUAUUCUAAUCUCCUGGACAGUCUGCAGUCACAAACCUUCUUGGUCACCACCUUACCCACCUUUCAGAGAAAAUACAGGUUUUCUCUGCCUCCCUUGCAUUGUUCCCAUCACCUUGAUUUUCUCCGAGAGAGCUCAAAUUGUUCCCAAAGUAUGUGGCAUGGCCUGUCUGGCUUGUUCUGAGGUUAGCUGGAUUAAGAUAGAGCUGCACGAUUAAACAGAAAUUCAGCCCUAUCAACAGAGCAGGCUGCUGGCACCAGGACUUGCAACCAGCUUCUCAUUUCAUCCACAGAAGAGGGAAAAUGAGAGUAUGUAUCAAAAGGAAAGCCUAGGAAACAAUUCUACUUGCUCCUAUAUUUCUGACUCUUUUUCUAUCUAAGAUGUCCUCAUUGGAAUCAAUUUGGAAUGCUAAACCCAUCAGCCAGGGAUCACCUCACACCCGGAGUAUCAACCCUGGGAGAGAAGAUAGAUAGGUCUUGACUUCUUCUCGAAGCUGGAUUCAUCUUCACAAGCACCAAAUAGGUUUAGUUUAGAAACAGAAAAAUUAACAAGUGGGCAAGCUGUUUGGGAAACUCCUAGGAAUAGGUCAGAGAACAUAGUUCCCAUGUGGCCUGUGCAGCCAGCUUCCCACGACUCUGAGCAUCAUCCCUACUCAGUGCUGGUUUGACAGUUAUCAUUGUGUGGUCAGGAAAGGGGCCUACCCUGCAGGUGGACAUGGUUAGAAGACGCUCUGAUCACAAUGCGACCCCAAAGUCUGUCUCCUAUAGCUCUCCUGAGUCCUUACUCCCUUUUAUUCUCGAAACAGGAAGACCUAGGCCUGCAGAAUCUGAGCUUAAUUGGCAUCACCUAAGUUGAAACAGGCAUCUUCAUUUACAAAUCUCACUAAAUCGGAUUUUAAGUAUGCAACCAAAACCUGCUUUUCUGCUUUUCUGGAUGUCUUUAGAUACCACAGGAGAGGUGGGGAAAGAAAUGUAGUGACAGAGGGAGAGUCCAAGAGGUCACUGAGAAGGUUCUAGUGAAAGGAGUAAGAGACAGUAAGAGGGAUCAAGAGGGAGUAAGUUGAGACUUUCUAAACCCUGGGAUCAUUUUAGAGCCAUCUCAUGGGACUACCUUUUGAUUCCUUCUGGCAACCAAAAUAGACUAAGGUAGCCUCCAAUUUUUCUAUUUAAUAUCAAAAUGGCCUUUAUUUCUUUACCUCUCCUGCACUAAAGUCUCUGAAGUCAGAAAUGUCUUGCUUUGGCUUUUACCUGGUAUCAUAGAAAGACAAGUGGUCAGUUGUUAAGGUGCAUAUUGGCUGUGUAUUUGGUUUUCCUUUAAUCCUGUGUCAUGCUGAACCGAGUCCAGUGACCAAACCUACAGAAACACCAGUUAUGUCACAACAACUAAAAGAAACCUACCCUAGAAGGCACUUUGAAAUGAGCUACACAUUGCUUACAGUGUUUGUCUCUGCCAAACACAGCAUGUUUUUAGGACACUUUCCUCACGAUCUGUGUAGUGUAGAUGAAAGAAAACUAUCAGCAUCCCCUAGACAUACAUGUUCCUUUAUCGUUUCAGAUACGGAGUGCCGGUUCUCCAUGUAAUGUUCUUUUGCUCCAAAUACUGACCAUUCUCCUUAUCAAAAGUGUUUCACCAACCAUACACAGCCAUUGCCAGGGUCUCUUUCUCCAACACCUAGGUCCAUUUUAGUAAUCCUAGGCUUUUGAGUUACAAGGACAUGGCUCAUGGGUCUGUUGAGGCCCUUAAUUAGGGCCUGCAAGGCUGGGUGGGGCAAAGAGCUGGGCAGAGCAUUCACUGGUCUCUUGUCAUCUCAUGUGAUUAUUCAAUAUGUGUUUAUAGAGCACUUCCCAUGUGCUCGGUUGAGACAUUGUGCUGCAUGUAGACAGCUCACCCUUUGCUGGACUUAAAUGAAGGCAGAGGAAGCCGGAGUGAAAGAGAAAAUGUAUGUAAUGGGAUCUCAUAGUGAGCCCCCUAACGUAUUGAAGUCCCCUCCCCCAAAACACAGAGUGUUGUUUUUACAAAUUUAAAAGACACAGUAGCCUACGGUGGGCAGUACAGGAACUACUCAGAAACUGGGAAUAUCACUGAUAGGAGGAGAAAGCCUCUCAUUUUCUUGGGUUUUGAUGGAAGGACUACUAAGUAAUAUUUGGGAAAUGAGAGAAAUGGAGGCACACAUGGUCUUUCUCUAAAUGUCUCCACGCAAAACCGCACUGAAGUAUUACUGAAGGAAAAGAAUGCACAUCAAAGAUAGCUCUGUCUUCAUAGAGACAUUGGGUUUUCUUCGGAGGAAUUCUUUGCCUGGUUUGAAAGGAGAGGUGGGGGCAGGGAGGUCUGGUCCAGAGCUGACAGCGCUGGGGUUUUCUCUCCAGAGCGGAGUCAGCACAUCCCUUAACUAUGGCCACAUCCCCUUCCCGAGGUGUUUCCUUUCUGAUUUCAAUGGUUUGUAACUGUGUCAACUGCCUUUGCAGAUAUGCCAGAGCGGCUUUCCCCCACCCCUCUAUCCUUGCCAGAUAAACCACCCAGAAGACGGGUUCUGACAGUUAGUGGCAGGAGAUUUUUAGAUUUCAGUUUGAGUAAAACCAGGGCCUAUUUUUGCAAAGUAUCUUGAAGCUGCAAGGAUCUUUGGGGUUCUGGGGCCUGACGGGAGGCAGAGUGGGGAGUAGUUGUUGGUGAGGCCCCCUCUGGGUGCCCUGAUUUCCUUUUUCACCCCCCAAUCCUCUCCUCUGUUCCUCCUCCAGUAGUACACACUCACUUCUAUUCUUCCUCACGUAUUCUUCCUCCCCGCCUCCUCUUGUCACCUCUUGACUCCAGAAGUGUACCAAGGCAAGAUCAAGCUUUACGGUGCACUUGGGACUAAAAAAUGUGCCCAUCCAUGCCUCUGGUGGUGGCCCAAUGGAUGAAGAAGGUGUUGAAUGGGAGCAGGUGCAGCGGGGGUAAGCUCUAGUCUGUUGGUUUGGACAUAAUUCCCUAAAGUGGGAUAGAUUCCCAACUGUUGCUCAAUCCUGUGCAUGAUUAGAUGAGUUUCACUAGCAUGGAGUCUGAGUGAGGCUUGUCUCUGGGGAGAAGUCUGAGAACUUGACAUUUGAUUCCCAAAAGACCAGGAAGCCUGAAGCAGGUUCUCAGAAUUCAUUGACCUGUGGGAGGGAGAUGCACCGCUCUGGGCCUGCACUGGGCCUGCUUGGUGCUGAAGGCUGGGUGCUUUCUCUUCAAAUUUUCAUGCUGCCAUUGCAGAGGCUGUCCCUUCUCUACUUACACUACAAUAUCCAUGCUCCCCUUUGAGCCAAGAGUGCCCAAAACUCGAGGAAGGAGAAAGCAAUCCUCAGCCCUCUCUUCACACAGGGUUGAACACCAGGCUAGUAGCCUACCCUAGAAGAAGGAGUGCAGAGUGGCUGGCAGAUGGUGCUGACAGGGACUGAAGUCCCUGAAAGCCGAUGAUGGGUUGGAGCAGGCUCACACCAGUUCCAAGAGCCAAUCCUUUCAGGAAUUUUGUGAGCCAGUUGAGAAACGCAGCCAUUACUAAAAAUUAUGUAAACUUACAAUUAGAUCAUAAAUAUGCAAAACUCAUCACUUUCUAACGAUUUUAUUACAUUUAGUAUUAUCCAUGCCCUUGAGGGAAUAUAUGGUAGAAAUACUGUAUACUGGUGUGCUACUGCGCACUCUACCCAUCUCCAGGUUCAGUGACAUCACGUUUGUAACCUGAAAGUGGCCAGGGUAGGAGUGUUUACACCAUGGAAAUCUACCAAGGCUACAGAUCACUGUUAAUCAUUUGCUUACAUUCCCGUCUACCUAACGCCCUGAAUUGCGUCGCCUCCCACUGCUUUGACCCAGGCCACACCAAAUUGAAGCCUAUAGAUUUGUGGGUCAGCAUUGUCCAUACACCCCAGGGGAAGCAAUGAUUUAGGAAGCUCAACCUCAUGUCAAUUCACAAAAGGUUUCUUUCUGCAUUUGUAUUAACUCAGAAUAGGACCCACAGAGCAGAGAAUCCACUGCUUCCUAUGGGGGUUGCUCCUUCGGGGAGAAUGUGCAGUCAAUUGGCUGUUUUAUGCUGUGCAAACAAAAAUAAACUCAUCUGAAGUUACAAACUGUCUCUCCUUUCACACCCAAGUAGGUGUCCAAGAAGGAAUCUCCUUCCUUGCUUUUGACAUUCACCAGGCCUGCCUGGGUAGAACUGGACAGACUUGCUUAAUCUCACAUCCACCACUAUAUUAUACAUUUAUUGGGCCAAAUCUGUGUCCUAAAUCAAACAGAAGAAAAAAGAAAUGUUCUUUCUUGAAAUGUGCUUUUAUAACAUCUAAACUGUGGUGAUGUCUCCUUACCCUGGCCCAGGAACAUACUGCAUAGACCUUGAGUCCUUCACUAGGGUUUGGAUACUGUAAAUAAAGUCUUUCUUUCAGGAAAACCGCCAUUUUGGACACAUGAGAAACUCAUGAUCUGCUCUCCUUUGUAGUGAGGCCUUGGCAAUGGUCCCAUCCUUGGUUUUAGCAUUUGGAUGUUUUGUUUUGUUCUCUCUUGUUCCUUUCCUGUUUUCACUGCUCUGGAAGACUUCCUGCUAUGGAGUUCCAGUUACCCCAACUCUACUGUAUAUACGUGCUGCAUGUGUGAACCCCAAUAAAUUCUGUUUCAGGUUUCUGGAGUUUCCAUCUUCAGUACAGCUGGUCCUGUUGUGAACUCAUGUCUCUGGUAUGCUCCUCUGUGUCUGAUUCCCGAUUGCCAAAAUGUUUGACCAAGUAUGUUUUAACAAAUGUCCUGAGACAUCCAUGCGUAUCCUUGUGAAAGGGCAUGCUCUGUGUGGGGUGACUCGUGUACAGCAUAAAUCUAUCAGAUGUGGAAGUGUGUAUACAUUUCUAUGCCAGAUACCUAACAUUCAUGUAACAGCUGCAAAGAUAUUUAAUGUACAUCGGAUUAUUAAUAAAAGAGCAUUUUUUGCUCCAUUAUAUUCAAAUAAAGAUUGCUGUUUGACUGA